AUGGAUCCAUUAAAAACAUUAUUUAACCUUUCUGGUGGAUAUGCUGAUACCCAAAUUCUUAUGGCUAUAUCUCAGUUGGAUAUUGCCAAUCACAUUGCUCUUGGAAAUUCAAAAUCCUAUCUAGAAUUGGCAAAGGAAUUAAGUGUUAAUGAGGAAGUUUUAUUGUAUCUCUUGAAAAAUGCUACUGGAUUGGAGAUUUUCCACGAGCUGGAGGAAUCAGAAGGUGUUUUCAGACAUACUCCAUUGUCGAUUGCUCUUAGAGACCAAGAGUAUCGUGAUUUUAUCAUGAUGAAAGCAAGCAUUUACAGUCUUAGAUCUUGGGAAUCUUUGUUUUCAACUUUAAAAAGUGGAAAUAGUGAUAACAAAACUUUAGGCUUCAAUAGCAUUUGGGAUUUUUUGAAUAAUAAUAAAGAAGAAAAUGAAAUUUUCAAUAGAUCAAUGACAACAUUGACCAGAAGAUUGGGUCCAACAAUCGUUGAGAAAUCAAAUUUUAUGAAUUUUGAAACAGUUACUGAUAUUGGUGGUGGACAUGGAUUUUUAUUACAAGAAGUAUUGAGAAAGAAUCCUCAUUUGAAAUAUGGUAUCAAUUUUGAUAUUAAGAAUUCUGGAGAUGGAAAUACCAAUGAGGUAACUUCGACCAAUGUUGACAAGAGAUACAAAACUAUGGUUGGAAAUGCAAUCACUGAUGAAAUUCCAGAGACCGAUUGUUAUAUACUCAAACAUGUUUUACAUAUGUUUAAAGACGAUGUUGUCAUCAAAAUCCUCAAGAAGAUUGGUGAGAAACUCAAAUCGAAUGGUUCUAUCUUUGUCUAUGAGCUGUAUGAUGAAGAACUUAAGAAUCAAAAAUCAGCAAUGUCACAUUUCUACUUACAUCUGAUGUUGGUUACAGGUGGUGUUGAAAGAUCCAACAAGAGAUGGAGAGAAGUUGUACAAAAAGCAGGUCUUCAAAUUAAAGAGAUCGAACACAUUCCAAAUUCAGUUGAAAUGCCAGUGUUGGCAAUUAUCGGAUGUGGACCUUCUGGUUUGGUUAGUUGUAAGUCUGCUUUGGAGUCAAGAUUGAUUCCAAAGGUAUUCGAAAGAAUAGUGAUAUCGGUGAUACCAAUGAUUGGGCAGCAAAGAUGUGUAGUAAACAACAAACUCAUCGAUCUUCAGAAACAAUUGUCAUCGGACAACACUCCAUUUAUUAUCAUCUCCAGGAACUAUGCAGACUGUGUUCUCGCCGAAAAGAUACAUGUAGUUCAGCACCCAAUAACAGAGAUACAAGGUAAAACCGUUUGGUUUGCCAAUGGAGAGUCGAGAGAGAUCGAUCAUAUCGUUUUCGCCAAUGUUUACACCUAUGAACUACCCUAUCUAUGUGAAGAGGUGCUUAGAGGUCUGGAAUACAAUCCAAACGACAAGCUGAUGCCAAUCGUUCUACAUAAAUCAACCAUUCAUCCAACGCUACCGAAUAUCGGGUUUGUUAGUUGGUUCUCAUCUGCGAUGUUCCCAAUCAUUGAACUUCAAGUUAGUUGGCUCGCUUUAGUAUUCUCAGAGGACUUGGCACCACUGACCAAAGAACAGAUCGCCGAAGAUAAAACAUAA